GCUGCGGGCCGGGCGGCGCUGACUGAAGGGGAGUCACAAAAAGAAGAUCCCUCAGUGGUCACAACACUCUCGGCUGGGAUGGAUUCAGUAUCAGUGUCCUUCUUCCUCAAAUCCCUCCUGGCGGGCGGGUUCGCCGGCAUGUGCGCCAAGACAACGGUGGCGCCGCUGGACCGCAUCAAGAUCCUCCUGCAGGCGCACAACAAACACUACAGACACGACGGCGUCGUGAGCGGCCUGCGGAACAUCAUCGCGCGGGAGAAUGUGUGGGCGCUCUACAAGGGGAACGGCGCCCAGAUGGUACGCAUCUUUCCCUACGCCUCCACGCAGUUCACCUCCUUCGAGCUGUACAAGAAGAUCCUGAACAACGCGUGGGGCCACAACAAGUUCCUGGGCAAGAUCACCUCCGGCGUGGCGGGCUCCAUGGCGGGGGUGUCGGCCGUCUUCCUCACCUACCCGCUGGACACCAUCCGCGCGCGCCUGGCUUUCCAGGUGUCCGGCGAACACCUCUACUCGGGCAUCGUCAACGCGGCGGUCACCAUUGUGCAGACGGAGGGUGGCAUGCGUGCACUGUACCGAGGCUUCACAGCAACGGUGUGUGGCAUGAUCCCAUAUGCCGGCCUCAGCUUCUACUGCUUUGAGCAGAUGAAGUACUUGUGCAUGGCAUGGGCUCCAAUGUACACCUGUAAACCUUGUCAGAAAAAUACAGGGGGUCUGGUACUGACGGUACCUGCAAAGCUCCUCUGUGGCGGCCUGGCAGGCGCUGUGGCUCAAAGCUUUUCCUACCCUUUUGAUGUCACUCGGCGGAGGAUGCAGCUGGCAUGGAUGAAUGAAGAGACACGAAAAUUUGGGAUGGGGAUGGUGGACACUCUGAAGUUAAUCUACAGGGAGAAUGGCAUCACGCGGGGCCUGUACCGAGGCAUGAGCAUCAACUACAUGCGUGCCAUCCCCAUGGUGGCCGUGUCCUUCUCCACCUACGAAGUGACCAAGCAGCUGCUGGGCCUUGACACUGGGCUCAGCAUAAAGGCAGGAUAACGCUUGCUGACCAUAACGGGACUUGUGGCAGAGACGUGUCAGCCAAUGUGUAAAAUGCAAAGGGGAAGUUUUCAUGAAUAUUUAUGGUUAUUUUUGUAAAUGUGUGUUAUGCUGUGUUAGAGAGUUUAGAGAGCCAUUUGUAAAGUCCAUUUGUAAUCCAAUUUAAAAUUUGCAAAGCACAUGGUCUUCAUUGACGAGUGCCAAGGUGCAUGAAGGUCCUUCAUUGCCAAUCGUUAUAACUGCUACUUACUGCAGGAACUAUAUUUCCUGAAUUUCCCAUUACUAUAUCUCCACACGAACACAGCGUGUCAUGAAACACACGAGAAAUUAAUCCAGACAAGGAAAGGUUUUGCCAGCGCCAGGAAUCAAACCCACAACCAGCGAGAUGGGAAACCACUCCUUAACCAGUCGCCCAAAGAGGUACCCCUCUUGCAGAGUGAGUUAUGGGAGGCUCGGCCACCAGGAGGGACUUGGCAUUACAGAGCCUCACCUCACUCUGUGGCCUUUUGAAUGAAUUGGUAUUUUAUUACGGUUGGACCAUGAAUGGGAAGUGAGCCACUCAAGUCACUGAGACAACAUGGGAAUUCAUCCUAAUAUAGUUUUUGUUCAUUGUCUUUUAUCCCUGUAACUUUUCAUCUUGUAUGUUACCAGAGUAAAGGAAUUGUAGUAACACUAUAUUCAUAUUUUCAACUGUUUACAAUUUUAAAGAAUAUUUUUAGCAAAACUUUCUGAAGUAGUGUUGGAUGCUUAUGUGUGUAUUGUUGUGACUUACAAUUCAUCUUUUUUUUUCACAGGUACUUUUGAUCCGUUUCAAAAGAUAGAUUGUAGCUAAUUUUUAAAAGGACCUUGAUAUAAAUGAUUGAAGUUUCGUGUUGAUGACCACCGCAUCUCAUUUUUUAGGUGCUUUGGUGGUUUUCCUCGUCUGUGUGGAGACUGGUGAAAUUUUACUGUGAUGCCUUUCUCAACUCAAGUUACCCUUAGUUGUCCACUUGUUUGAAGUCACAAUCAAAGUUAGAGUUAAUGGAUAGUCAGAGCUCAUGAAAAAUAGUCAGCUAUUGACAGAACUCAUAUGCAGAACUCCCAUUGACCACUUCUGUGACGUAACCACUUAACUGUCAUCUCCCCAAACAUGGAGAAGGAUUGCCUUCAAUGUAUUCAUAACCAUGUCAAGGAGUCUCAUAGCAUAGCAGUUCCACACAUUGGGUGGUUUUCAUUAUGUACUGUCAAAUGAUCUUCUUUGGGUAGUCACCAUAUAAAUUUCUUUUAGUACUAUUUUUUUUAAUACAGAUAGUAAGAAAAUGUUAUUAGACUUUUUGAUGAUAGAGCUAGUGAUUAAAUUCCCAUCACAAUGCUGUGGACGACUGAUGUGAUGCCAUUACACCUAUAGUUCAGGUUUAUCCAGAGAAUUAUUAAAGUUUAAAUUUUGCAUGAAAGGAUCAAUUUCACAUAGUUGCGAAAGUUUACGUAGUUAUAAGGAGAAUGGAGAAGUGCAGAGUAACUCAAAUACUUUUUUUUUUUUUUUUUUUUAGAUAAUUAGAUAAUGAUAACACAGGGCAUUCAGAUACCCUAGGACCAAAACAUUUAGAGGCAUUGGCAUAUGUGUGUUACAACUGAGAAGGUUUGAAUUAUUUCUUCACUUCUCAGCCUGAAAAUUAAUUGAUCAUGUCAUGUUGACCAAAAAUUACCUUCUGUAAUACUGAUCAUGAUAUUUUCUGUGGCAAAAAAAACAUUAAUUUAUGCAACAGGUAAUUUAUUUUUGUACAGAGUUUUAAUUGGUUGAGGUACUUAAAUAGUGCUUGUUACAUCAACUCUUGUGGGUUGUGCUUAUAGUUGGCUGCAUAACAACUACUGAUAUGUAAAAGAAUUCAGGGAUGUGCAUGGAUUGUUCUGAGAUUAAGCUCUUUAUGUACAUAGUUUUAUUUGUUUAUCUAUUGAUUUAUGUAUUUUUUGUUUGAUAAUAUUUAGCAUGCACAAAAUAAUUGGUAAUGUUAGUAUUCAUAAAGUCACAUAUUGGAAAAAUAGAGUAUCAGUUAUUGUAUUUUAGUUGUUUCUGGUAUCAGUUUUGAUAAAAUAAGUUUUCAUGUCCAAAUCCCUUUAGAGCUUCCUGGAGAAGAAUUCUUUUUAUCAAAGCUUUGGCUGUUCUUUUGAAGUAUAUUGUCCUCAUCUCAAACUUUUUAAAGUUUUUACUCUUAAAUUAUAGAUUGUUUUCCUGUUACAUUUACCUUUUUUUUGUGUGUCCUUUUCAACUGACUCCAUGACAGCAUAGGUAUGUUAGUCGUGAACAGGUGUUAUAUUUAUCAACGACUUUUUAUUAUGUUGGCUCAUUUCUUGAGGGCAUGUUUUGUUUGAUUCAUUCAUUAAGAAAAACUUCAGUAAAUAAAUAAAGUCAAGGUAAUUUUUAAAAAAAUCAUAUAUAAAGAGAAUUAGUUAGUGUGUGAAGUUUUAUUUAUUUUUUCUUUCUGUACUUGUUUGCAUCCUAUAAAGGGACAUCCAUGUGGCAGGCCUGGAUGGGUGCUCCAUUUUGCUCAUUUUCAUAUAACUGGUUUACUUGCUCACAAGAUAUUAUAGGAGGGUCUGGCCACGGGAGAGUGACCACUUGAGCAUGUCAGGUGAACUCAAGAAUGAGACCUGUUAUCAGUGGAUUUUUUUAAUACUGGUCAGUCAGUCCUCUGGCCCCCAUGCAACACAUGCAUUGAUUCACAAAUCAAAGUUAGUUUUCACUGCAUUUAAUUUUUAUAGGUUGCACAAACUGACAUUACAAUAACCAAUUAAUACUUAAAUGUAUGUAUCUAUAUUGGCAAGUUAACUUGCAUUUAAGUAGACUGUAAUAACAAACUGUAUAAUAGAAAAUGAGGAUCCAUGAUAUUUCUUCAAUCCAUAUAACUGUUGUUAUAUGCUAAGAUUAUAAAUACAGCAUACUCUGGCUGACUCAUUCUGUUAUUGAGUGUGAGUGUUUGAGUGAAGCUUGUCACAAUACAUUUUCACUGGGCUGGAGUUGCCUCCUGGUGAGGUUUUGGCUGCAGCUGUACAGCCUCUCAUCCUUCUCACCUCCAUCGUGCAGAAGUGGGGCUGCUUUGCCUUGUGGCACUCUGUCAUCCUGGAAACAUGUUGUAGAAUGUGGACCAUUAUUUGUUGAUGUUGGUUGACAGUGUGUAGUUUUAUAUUUUCUUACAAACUCUCAUAUCAUAAUACUGUUUCAAAUUCUAAGUAUAAGUGAGGAAGUUUAUCCUUUCUUCAAACUUUGCCCUCAGCACAUUCUAAGUUCUCAUUGUCUUCCAUAAGCCGUUCAAAAUGAUCACACUUGUUUCAACAGCUAUUGGCUAGGAUGUAGACACUGCAAGUUCUUAGAUCUGAAUAAAUGUAGAAAUAUCUAUGUAUUGAUAUCAUGGCAGCCAUGCAUGAUGUGUUUACAUAUAUUUAUUUAUUUAUUUGAAUUAUGCAUAGGAUCUAUUUUUGUAUUUGUAUAGAUUCCAUAAUAUUAUGAUCUUGUAUUUCCCUCUACUCUUUUGUGUGGUUCUCAGUCUCAUGCCUCGCCCCCAUCUCAUCCUCCAUCUCACACCUGUACAUUGGCACGCCAGGCAUGGCUUCAUUUCAUCUUGACCAAACGUCCAGUUACUCACAUACACGCUUCAUGUUUAUUAGUGUGCGUGAAUGUUCAUAUCUUUGUGAAUUUGUUGAAGUGUGUCAUAUGUUGUUAACCAUUUUGUUUGAUCAUAAUUUUCUUUUUACAAUGAACCUGUUAUUUAUGUUAUAUACAAGGUAGAGUUUUUUGGCAAUGCAUUGUGAUCAAAGUAGGUCAGUGUUAUAGUGUCGAGUCCAGAUAUUCCCUAAGUAAUCUUUGUUUAAAGCACAUGUAAUGAGGUUACCGGUCGUGACGAUGAGAAACACGUUGAUAUCCAUGUGCAAUAAAUUUGACCUCAUCAUA